AUGGAACAUGAAGUAAGCAUCCUGUUAUUGGGUGAUGCCGAUGUGGGCAAGACCACCUUUCUCUCCCGCCUAGCUCUGGGGCCCAACAACACCACCUCUGCUCUGCCAGCCUUGCGAGACCUCGACCAACCUUUUGUCUUUGAGCUGCGCGGCCGCGCGCGACCCUACACCCUACAGUUCUACGACACCUCGUCACCCACAUCCUACACAUUACUCCGCCCCAACCUGAUCCUCCUCUGCUUCUCCAUACCCUCCCGUGACUCUUUGAUGUCACUCAAAGGCCCCUGGAAAAACAUCGUAGAAACGCAUUUCAACUACGAUGAGAGUAUUCCUGUUAUAGUGCUUGGGUUGCAGAGAGAUUUGCGCAGAGAAAAUAUAGAGGGUAUGGUGUUUCCGCAGGAAGCGCUGAGGGUUGCGGCUGAGAUGAGGUGUGAUCGGUAUUGCGAGUGUAGUGCUGUGACGGGGGAGUUGUGUGCUGAGGUCUGGGAGGAUGUUGUCAAGACGGCUGUUGCGACGACUUCUGCGCAGGGUGGGAAGUCGGAACCACCGCCUUGCGUGUUGAUGUGA